CUUGGAGCUAUUACUUUGAAAGCUUCUUCUUUCCCCAUGCUGAUUAGUGAAGGUUACUCAUGUCAAGUUAAAUUUUGUUAAGAGUGCUUUUGGUGCUUUCUUACACCAAGAAUUAUUAUAUGAUUAAUUUUCGUAUGAUUUAAAAUAAUCGUAGACAAGAAAUCUAAGUGUUAUUUUCUUCGUCGCAUAUUUCCUUUUCUAAAAUUCCAACUUGAUCAAUUUCGAUAGCAUGUUGAACAAAAUUGUUUUGUGAACAGCUGAUAAUCGAAUAUCUAAUUUUAUUCGGGUCUCAUGGUAACGUACUUAUGUGACGUGUAUCGAAAUGUUUGCACGCAGAUGAAGAAACAUAUUAGUGUUAUAUUGUUAAUUUAUAUCUUUUAUCAUGUGUGAUUAAAAAUGAAUAGUCUUGGUUUAAGCUUAAUUUUAAAAAUGGGCUGUAUAUGCUCGAAAGAAACUGUCACAGUAAAUUCAAGAAAUUAUAUAGUACGUGAACAUCUUGGAGAAGGUGGAUUCAGUACUGUACUUUUAGUUGAGGACACAGAAACACAUAAAAAAUAUGCUAUUAAGAAAAUCAUUUGUCAUGGUCUACAAGACCAGAGACUAGCUGCGAAAGAAAUAGAAUACCAUAAUCUUGUAAAGCACCCAAAUGUAAUAGAAUGUAUCGAUUCUACUUACAAAGGAACUGCAGAUCCAGUCCUUAAUGCUACCAGCGAAGUAUUGAUCGUUUUACCUUAUUACCAUAAAGGUACACUCGCAAGUGAGUUAGAAAGACGAAUCAAAAACAAUGAUUAUAUGAGCUCAAUAGAUAUUUUAAAUAUUUUUUUACAAAUAUGCGAAGGUGUAAAAGCAUUUCACGAAGCGAAACCAGAUCCUCUUGCUCACAGAGAUCUAAAGACUGCAAAUAUAGUUCUUGGUGAUGGAAGUACACCAAUUAUAAUGGAUUUAGGUUCUGUAGCACCUGCCAGAGUUAAAGUGUGCGGUUCGCAAGCAGCGCAAACUUUACAAGAUCUAGCAGCUGAAAGAUGUUCAAUGCCAUACAGAGCACCGGAAUUAUUCAAUGUAGAAAGUUAUUGUAUGGUAGAUGAACGAACAGAUAUUUGGUCUUUAGGUUGUAUACUUUAUGCACUUUGCUAUUUUAAAUCACCUUUUGAUGCCGUUUAUGAAAGAGGUGAUAGCGUUGCUUUAGCAGUUAUGAGUGCAAAUAUUACAUUCCCAGAAGAUGCUCCAUACGACGAGGAUAUGCAGAAUCUUAUUUUAUCAAUGUUGAAGGUAAACCCAAUGGAACGUCCUUAUAUAUACAGUGUUAUAGAGAGUGUACACGAUCUUAUCGCUAAAUUGGAGAAUAGAGCGUAAUCGUAUUAGCGACAAUAAUUAAAAUGUUUAUUGUUCCAAAAAUUAGAUAUAGACAAUUUUUUAUACUUGUUUCAAAUGUCCAUUACAUUUAAAGGGAAAGUCAUAAUAUUAUAAUGCAAUAAUAGGACUUGGUAGAUUUUUUACCAAACACUCAAAGUAUUUUCAUUAUUCCAAAUUAUUACUUGAAAUUCUUAGAAAGUAAAUGUUUGCAAUAAUGAAAUAAAAAUUUUAUUUUACAUGGACGUGUACCUGUAUUUCAUAUUUCAGGUAAACAUUAUUCUCACAGUAUUGUUAAAAAUGUAGAUAUCAUAAAAAAAGCUUUCAUGCAUAAUUCAUAAUAUACAGAAGGAUCAACUAAAAAAUCUAUUACUUUCUAUUUGUCCAUCUGUAAAAUAUCUUAAUGACUACGUUUUUUUUAUAUAUUCAAAAAUGCAUUCUUUACAUGUGUACAUAUAAAAAUAUAUUUGUGACUUUCAAACACACGUAGAAGAUAGAAAAAUAUGUAUCGUGUAAUGUAGUAGGAAUCCUUGUUACUAAUAGUUCUGAACAGUAAAAACUCAAC